AUGUCCUCUUCAUCCUGGUCUAUAUUCAGCCGGGCAAAUGCUCAUGCACUUAGCUUCUACUCCUCGUCCCCAGAAACAUCAGUCCUCAAAAGUGACUACUCAGUCGAUGACUUUGGGUUUCUACAGUCGUCCCAUAGGGCAGGUGGCCCUGCUCUAACCUCCUUACCCGCAUCCUCCAGACCAUCACCCCUAUUUUGGAGGGCCUAUCAUAUUGCAUACAAAGACAUUUUCGAAACAGGUCGACAGGCCAAGAUCGAUCCCAAGGAAGGGCCGAUUCCUACUGUAAUGAGAGGUGGUCGGACAGUUCACACUGGCGUCAAGCAGCGAAGCAGAUACAGCAAAUAUUGGCACAUGAAUGUCCGGCGAUCUCCGUCGACAUCAUCGACGAGCAGCUCUUUGUGCCCAGCCGCUGCUACCCCGUCUCCAGAACGCACUCAAUUUUCCCUAAAUGGCCCCGAAUCUGUCACACCAUUCUCCAAAUCUCGAUUUACGAGAGUGGAUUGCACUCGAGUGCUGGCAUUAUGGGGCCGACACCACGCUGACCAACAAUCGGUUACGGUCAUCAUCAGUAUCGUCAAAAACUCUAACAGUCAGUUCUCAACAGCCACCAGGACAAUUCAAGGUAUCUUGGCACAGUUUGACAAACGCGACGUGAACAUUCUGUUCAUGAAGGAUGAGAUGAAGACAUUUCUCGAUGACGAUGACAUCUGCAUCCCAAGGGAACUCUGCACUCAAAAGAUCAAACCGGGCGGGAGCAUCGACAUGUACAAAAGAUCAGCAGGGUCUUUGACACUAGGUGGGCUGGUCGAGCUUCGAUUUCGGGGUAAGAGACAAUGGGAACCUUUCGGCUUGACUUCUAAUAGUGGGUUUCAGCCUGUUCGGCCGAGCGACGACAGAGCCAGAAGAAUUCUCCGGGUCGAGCAUCCGUCAGCCUACGAUAUUCGAACUACCAUAAACAAGAGAGUCUUGUUGAUCGCAGAGGCUAAAACUGAGAAUAGAUAUAAACAUCUUCGUCGCAUUGCCCAGGCGAUCGGCCAAGAAUUACCCAAUAAAUUUAUGACGCCGAAGGAAGAGCGCUCCUAUCAGACUUAUGUCGACGAUAUUUCGAAUAUGGAACAGGAUCGAGCUUAUUUCCAACAAUUUAUGGACAUAAACGCACACUAUUUAGGAUAUGUCUUUGCUGGAAGCAGUUGUUACCGCGCAGGGACAGUCCAUGGCAGCAAUAUUCCAGUCAUGCUCAACUGGGCCUUGAUUCGAGUCGACUCCCGAAGACUAGAGAUGACACAAGAUGGAAAUUUUGAAAAUAAGUUUCCUAUGCAUGAUGACAUUGAUAGUGCUCUAAACCCUGGAGCCGAAGUUUUCAAGUCAGGUAGAACAAGUGGCACGACCUCAGGCUACUACAGCGAGCUCCGCCAAAUCCAUAUCUACCGCAUAAAAGACCCAAGCUCUCCAGGGGGCUCCCGAACAAUUCCUACAUGGGUACACGCCAUUUGCAAAAAGGGGCGUCAGCCCUUUUCAGCUCUAGGAGACUCCGGCGCCUUUGUAUUCGAUCGACAUGGAAAUGUCAUUGGUCUGCAUUUUUCAGGUUCCGAAGGGAAAGAAAUUUCUUAUAUGAUCUCGAUCUUGGAUGUGUUCAGGGAUAUCAGGGAAGUCACACAUGCUGAAGAGGUUCAGAUAGUGACUUAUUAG